ACGUGACAUAGUCUCCAGCACGUGUGCUUCCUGUUUGCAGCUGCACGUUGUCUGUUCUGUGUAGCACGCGAGUAAUCUGUAGAAAGAAUAAAAACGUUUUAAAAUGCCGAAAACCAAGCAGGCCAAAAAUAGAAAUAAGUUCAACUACACCAAGGACCGGAAGAAGCUGAAGAGAAGUUUCAUAAAGAAAAGCAAGCCCAGGAUCGAAGACUCGCAGAUCAGGCAUGCCUGGGACGACAACAAGUCCGUGGCCAAGAACCUGCAGGAGAUGGGUCUGUCCUUUGACCCGAACCGGUCGGUGCCGAUACAGGAGACGCUUCUGGGAGAAAACAAAGACGUCAAAGCACCUGAACACAUCGUCACCAAACCCUACGUUCUCAAAAAACUGCAGGAGGAGGCCAGUCGGCCGCAGAAGGACACCAAGACGCUGUCCUCAGACCUGAUCGAGUUCGUCCAGCACAUGGUCCGAGAACACAAGGACGACUUCAAGGCGAUGGCCCAAGAUGAGAAGAACUACUACCAGGACACGCCCAAACAGAUCCGCAGGAAACUCCGGGAGUACCAGCGCUGCCACCCGCAGCAGUACGAGGCCUUCAUGAGCUCGCUUGCAGCUCCAGAACCCACGGUUCAGUAGGACGGGACCCUCGGUCCGUGCUGGAUAUCAUGAGAAGUUCUGGACUUUAGAGGUGCAAUUUCUGGACGACGGAGAAAAUCCUCAUUAUUUCUGGACCGUAAAGCUGAGGGACAGCAGCAUUUCUGUGUCCAGUUCUGGAGUUCUGUCCUUCCUGUCAAAAACUUGUAUUUGGACCUUCACAUCCAAAUGUCUGAUCCAGUUCUGGUGAUCUGGUUCUGGUCGUACUGUUAGUGGAUUUAGUCAGAUGUCCUCUUUCCCCUCCAGGUGUGGAAAGGUUUCGUUGUCCAGGUGGACGUUGAGGACGACCUGCGGUGCCCCGAACUAUUACGAGAAUUAUUUGGUUUUAAUAAAGUUCAUCAGGAUUCAGGUCGGCUGCUCACUUUUUGUCUUCAGUUGAUGUUUGAAAGUUUUUAAAAUAACUUUUGUAAAAAGAUCAAAGAUGAAAACACAAACGUGACUUGGAAACCGAGUCGGGCUCUAAAACGAUUCAUCUUUGAUCGUGU